CAUCUCAGUUGACUAUUAUAAAUACCCCUUCAAAGUACAAAUCCAAGUACGAUUUCUCUGAACCUUCGUCCCUAUUUUCUCUCUCUACUUUCUCUCUCUACCAAUACUUAUCCUCACGCCGGAGGGUGGUCGCAGAGUGGCCCUCCCAUCUCUGCGGCGAGCCUAACGGUUUUCUCCUUUGCAGGAAACUCUGUCAACCUUCAACAAGACCCAGAUCUUCAUUUACAGGCUUCGGCCUGAACUUGAUUUCCUGGUUCUUCACACAAAAACAAAUUUGUUUCAUAUUAUUUCAAUUAUAAAACAAUAACAUCUAGCUGGAUCUCAAUUCUCACACGUCACCAGUCACAACCAUCAUAUAAUCAAACCCCCUCUCAACCUUAAUCACAUUAACAAACAUAUUACAACAUGUCCGGCAACGAGCCAACUUUUCCGGCAACCAAAGUGGUGGUAGUAAUGGUCCCAUUUGUAGCUCAAGGCCACCUCACCCAGCUCUACCACCUCUCCCACCUCAUCUCCACCUACAACCUCCCCAUCCACUUCAUCACCACCACCGACUGCCUCCAUCAACUCCACUCUCGCCACCAUAUCUCCGCCGUCGAAAACAUCCACUUCCAUGAAUUCACAACCCCACCCUUCACCUCCCCACCACCACACCCAUCCACCCCCUUCCCCACCCACCUCCAACCCUUAUUCAACUCCACCCUCCACCUCCGCCACCCUACAGCCACCCUCAUACGUCAUCUCUCACAACAUGUUCAAAAAGUCGUUGUGAUUCAUGACGUUCUCAUGUCUUACGUUGUUCAGGACGUCAAACUAAUACCAAACGCUGAAACAUAUGUGUUUCAACCGCCCCCGGCUUUCUAUAGAGCCUCCGGUCACUGGGAGAGAACCGGUGGAAGUCGAACGUUUCCGGUUGAACCGGAUUUGAUGAAGAAGCUUCCUUCUAGAGAUGGGAUUUCUAGCCCCGAGUUUUUGGAGUUUUUGAAACUUCAACAAUCCCAUAUGGAUUUUUACGUUGGAGAGUUGUAUGAUUCAUCAAGAGUGAUUGAAGGUGUGUUUUUUGAAUAUUUGGAGAAAGAACAGAUCAUUGGGGAUAAGAAGAUAUGGGCUGUCGGGCCGGUUAACCCGGUUUGUAUAGCGUCUAAUGCGACGGAUUUAAUAAACCGUCAUGAAUGCUUGCAAUGGCUGGACAAGCAGCCUGCAAAUUCGGUUAUUUAUGUGUCUUUCGGGACGACGACAACCUUUAGCGACGAACAAAUAAGGGAGCUAGCUCUCGGGUUAGAGAGAAGUGGACAGCGGUUUGUUUGGGUGGUUCGAGUGGCGGACACGGGGGAUUCGGUUGGGUUCGAGGAGAGGAAGGUUGAGUUGCCGGAUGGGUUUGAAGAGAGGGUAAGGGGGCGUGGGUUUAUCGAGCGGUCGUGGGCCCCGCAGUUGGAGAUUUUGGGACAUUGUGCGACGGGUGGGUUUAUGAGUCACUGUGGGUGGAAUUCUUGCAUGGAGAGUAUGUCGAUGGGAGUGCCGAUAGCUGCGUGGCCAAUGCACUCGGAUCAGCCGAGAAAUGCGUUUUUGAUAACGGAUAUUCUUGGGAUCGGCGUACUGGUGAAGAAUUGGGAACGUAGAAACGAGUUGGUGAAGGCUAAUGUGGUGGCAGAUGCUGUUAAGACGCUAAUGGGUUCUGAGGAAGGGGGGGAGAUGCGGAGGAGAGCAGUGAAAUUGGGUGGCGAGGUCAAGGAAUCAGUGGCGGAAGGUGGUGCAAGUCGCAAGGAAAUGGAUUCUUUCAUUUCUUAUAUCGGUUUGUAG